AGUACCAGGUCAGAGCUAACACCGUAGAAUGAAAGCUAACGCGCAAGGAGAGCUUCUCUCUACACAGGUCUCUGAACUGGUUAAGAAUAAAUUGAGUGUAUGUGUUCAGCAUGUGUAUCCGGACAUGUGGCUCUGUGUAGCGGAUUAUAUUCAGCAGAAUCACUGUUUAGCUCACAAACAGAGACUGUCCUGUUUGCUAGCAUUGGCUCACAUUAGCUGCUCAUGUAACUUGUCCUGUGUGCAGCGCUGCUUUGAAGGACGUGUAGAUACAGCAUGUUUGCUUUUGUGCAUCAGCUGGUUUAAAAACGUUGGUACAUUUCAUCUAUGUCCAGUCAGAGCUCUGUCUGUGAGUAAUUUUCAUGCAGUCCAGCUGCUAAAACAUAAAUAGCAGCAGGUGAAUCACUCACAAGUCAUGAAGGAGGUUUUAAGGAAGGUGCACAGCAUCUUUUUAAAGAUCGUCCUGUUACCGAGCACACUUGGUAGGACAGGCCCUCGGCCGGCUGCCUCAGAGGUGUUGACCUGCCACCUGCUGCAGCGGAAACUCCCACCGUGGACCUCAUACUGUGUCCGCUACAGCUCCGUUCACAAUGACCAGUUUGGACUGUCAAACUUUAACUGGAGUGUCCAGGGAUCCAACUAUCAGAUACUGAGGACAGGCUGCUUCCCCUUUAUAAAGUAUCACUGUACCAAAGCGCCGCCACAGAACCUGGACUUUGAGGACAAGUUUUUCACCAUGUUGAAAGCUCUUAAUCUGGGCAUCCCAUGUUUGGCCUACGGCAUUGGUUGCUGGAUGGUGGUGGGAGCUCAGGAAACAGUGCAGACAAGUGCUGGACCUGUCACCGUCUAUUUCGCCUACAAAGAAGACGAAGGCGCACAGCACUAAACUGAACAAAGCACUAUUUUUAUUUUGAGAGUGUUUUCAAGAGACUCAUCUCGUCCAAGCUGCUGUAUUUAUAAGUGAUGUUCAGGUGGACCUACUGACACAAGUGUCAUCUUGUGUCACCGGCGCUCCUGUUGUCUGACUGCACAGGUUCAUUUGUGUUUAAUAAUUUAAGGUUUAAAAGUUGCAGCGCAGGAGUCAGUUAUGCAUGUUAUUACACUGACAUACAAUACUGACAGUGUUUGUUCGGAAAGCUAACUUUCCAUUAAAGAUUAAUGGAAAGUUUAGGAUUUCUCGAAGAAUAGACUGUUUGACACAGCGUCUUUUCCUGGAUGUUUUCAUGGUGAUGUUGAGGAACAUCUUCAGUGCAUGUGUCCUCAGAGUCAGUACACUGUAAAAGUAUAUUUUUGCAACAGAUAUUAAAGUGUAUGAAAUGACA